AUGUCCUACCAGAGCAUCAUUCACCUGUCCCUGGACAGCCCUGCCCACGCCCUUUGUGUGGUAGGCAUGGAGGUCUUCUUGGAUGUCAGUGGGUGUGCCCCGCAGAGGUGCGAGUCCUUCACCAUUGGCGCCUCACCGGGGGUCUUGGUGGAUAUCCCCAACACGGUCCUGGCAGCGCCCAACGACGAGGCGGCCACCACCCAGGUGUCCCUGUUCGAUCCCAUGGAUGUGCUGGUGAAGAUGACGUCCCCCAGCUCUGCCCUGGAUGACAGCAAGGUUUGGGUCUCAUACUAUCAGCCCGAUGCCCAGGUCCCCGUGGCCACAGCUGAGCUGUACCUCACUGGCCUUGUGGUCUCCCUGGACGCGGACAUCCACCGCAGUGGGAAGGUCGAGAUGGCAAGUGACAAGCAGGCUAAGAAAAACUGGGUCUGGGGCCCCGGUGGCUGGGGCGCCAUCCUGCUGGUAAACUGCAGCCCUGUGGACAUGGUCCAGCUCCUGGACAAGACCAAGAAGGUGUUCUUCUCGGAGGAAAUAAAGAACCUGUCCCAGAUGGUACUGAAUGUGCAGGGGCCCAGCUGCGUUUUAAAGAACCACCGGCUGGUUCUCCACACCUCCCAGGAAGAGUCGGAGAAGGCGAGAGUCUAUCGGGCCCAAGCAGACGACUCGAGCACCUGUGAGCUGCUGCUGGGGCCUGGCCAGCACACCUACACCUUUGCCCCCCUGGAGAGCCGUUUGACGGAGACCUUCUACGUGGAAGCUACGGAGUUCCCAUCCGCCAGCUUCUCCGGCCUGAUUUCCUACUCUGUCUCCCUGGUCCAAGAGGCUCCAGCCCUGUCAAUUCCAGAGACCCUGGUGCACAGGGACACGGUAGUGUUCCGAGUGGCUCCUUGCAUCUUUAUCCCAAGCACCCAGAUGCCUCUGGAGAUCUACCUGUGCAGAGAGCUGCAGGUCCAGGGGUUUGUGGACACGGUGAUGGACCUCGGCGAGAGGAGCAACAUCCAGGUGGCCUCUGUCUACGAGGACCCCAACCGCUUGGGCAGGUGGCUCCAGGAUGAAAUGGCCUUCUGCUACACCCAGGCUCCCCACAAGACGGUCUCCUUGGUCCUCGACACCCCCCGGGUCCACAAGCUGGAAGACUUCCCCAUGAAAUACUCACUGAGCCCAGGGGUUGGCUACAUGAUCCAAAGCACCACGGACCACAGGGUGGCCAGCGUGGAUUCCAUUGGGAACCUGAUGGUGUCCCCACCUGUCAAGGUCAAAGGGAAAGAGUAUCCUCUGGGCAGGAUCCUCCUUGGCAGCAGCUUUUACCCCAGCAAGGAGGCCCGGGACAUGAGUAAGGCCCUCAGGGACUUUGUCUACGCGCAGCAAGUCCAGGCCCCCGUGGAACUGUUCUCAGACUGGCUGAUGAUCGGCCACGCGGACGAGUUCAUGUGCUUCAUCCCCACACAGAUCAAGAGUAAGGACGAAAAGGGUUUCUGGCUGCUCCUGGCCAGCCCCAGCUCCUGCUACAAACUCUUCCAGGAGAAGCAGAAGGAGGGCUACGGAGACAUGCGUCUGUUUGAAGAAGUGAGGGAGGAUCAGCUCCUUUCCAACGGGAGGCAGGCUAAUACCAUCAAUCAGAUCCUGGCCGAUGAAGACAUGAGAAAGCAGAACGACUACGUGGAGAAGUGCAUUAACCUGAACCGGGACGUCCUGAAGCGGGAGCUGGGCCUGCUGGAGCGGCACAUCAUCGACGUCCCCCAGCUCUUCUGCUUGGAGCAGCUGACGAACGUCCCCUCCAAGGAGCAGACCGGCAAACUCUACGCCCGGCCCUUCUUCCCCAACCUGCUACGGGUGAUUGUGAUGGGCAAGAACCUGGGCAUCCCCAAGCCUUUUGGGCCCCAGAUCAGGGGCACCUGCUGCCUGGAAGCAAAGAUCUGCCAGUUGCUGGAGCCCCUGGGCUUCAAAUGCACCUUCAUUAACGACUUUGACUGCUACAUGACUGAAGUCGGAGACUUCUGCGCCUGUGCCAACGUCCGCCGGGUGCCCUUUGCCUACAAAUGGUGGAGUCUGGUGCCUUAG